AUGAAGAGCAUCUUGAAGGACAGGACCCUCAGUAAGUCCCCCCGCGUGCGGCUGGACGUGUCCACCCAGAGCCACUCGAUCGGAGCCGUGCGCUGGACGUUGCCCGAGGAGCAGGUUCAGGUCCACAGUUCGGCCCCCAGCAACCCUGUGCGCUGGAGCACCGGCGCUGCCUCCUCGCGUCUGCAGCGCUCGCGGCAGCAGGGCCUGAGGGAGCUGCGCAGCCUGCAGGAGUGUGUUGACUUCAUCAAGCAGUGGAAGGAGCAGGUGGAGCAGCUCUGCCAGGAGAGUAAUGGCACCGGCGACGGAGCGGCUUGGCCCGGCACCAGCGGGCAGCACAGCGCAGACCCUCACGCCGAGCGCAGUCUCGAGGAGAGUCGUAAACUCAUCCUUCACUGGGCUAAGGAGCUCAGCAACGUGGACAUGCUCUCCAGACAGAGUCCCUGCGCGCAGGACGGAGACCCAGGGGGCAAAGUUGUCGAGGACGGCGAGCUGUUGCAGCAGAGGGUCACCGAGUGGGCCAAGGAGAUCCUGGCUGUGUCUGAGGACUGCGGGGUGCCGGGAGAAGAGCUGGCCCAGCGGCUCCGGCAGCUCGGCCUGAGGAAGAGGAACCUCGUGGGCCUGUUUCCCUUGCUGGAGUUCAUCACCUGGUCCUUGCUGAAGGAGGACAGUAAGGAGCUCAUUCCCCAGCUGUGGCUCACAGCCAAGCAGCGCACGUGGAAAUCAGGAACUCCAAGAUACAUCCCUAAUUCAGUGUGGAGCUGGAUCUGCAGCGCUGCAGCGGAUGUGUCCCUGGACCCCAAGACCAACCAUCCCUGGCUGCUGCUGUCAGAUGACCGGAAGCGGGUGCAGGAGGCGCUGAACGAGACCCAGGUGCCCUUCAGCACACAGCGCUUCGACGCCUGGCCCUGCGUCCUGGGCUGGGAGGGCUUCUCCAGCGGCCGCCACUACUGGGAGGUGAGCCUGGCCAACAACGGCUACUGGCGGCUCGGCGUCACCACAGCCUCCUCCAAGAAGCAAGGGCGCUUCGCCAUGACUCCGGGCAGCGGCUACUGGGUGCUGUGGCGCAGCACGCGCCAGUUCUACGCCUGCACACAGCCGGAGACGGCGCUGCCCGUGGGCCUGGUGCCUCACAAGGUGGGUGUCUACGUGGACUACGAGGAGGGCCAGAUCUCCUUCUACAACGUGGACAAAAAGUCGCACAUCUUCACCUUCUCCGACACGUUCCGCGAGAAGCUCUACCCGCUGUUCGCCCCCUUGGAUGGGCGAACCCUCAUCACCAUCUCCUCACCGAGCUCAGGAACCACCAUGUGA